CUUACGAUGUGGUCGUUGUUGGAGGUGGAAUUGUGGGUCUUGCAUCAGCUCGGCAACUCAUCUUGCGCCAUCCAGCCCUCCGCUUUGCUGUCUUAGAGAAGGAGAAAGAAAUAGGCUCUAACGCAAAUCCAAGGGGAUGAAUAAAAAGGCACUGUGUGCAUCCUUACACCAGAGUGGACAUAACAGUGGAGUAAUUCACAGUGGAAUUUACUACACUCCUGGGUCUCUGAAAGCCAGGCUGUGUGUGCGAGGAGCUGCCCUCAUCUAUGAGUACUGUGACCAGAAGGGAAUACCUUACAAACAAUGUGGAAAGCUUAUAGUAGCUGUAAAACAACCGGAGAUCCCAAGACUGCAAGCUCUCUAUGAGAGAGGCCUUCAGAACAAUGUGCCAGGGCUCCGACUUAUUGGUGCAAAAGAUAUCAAGGAGAAAGAACCAUACUGCAGGGGUGUGAUGGCUCUUGAAUCUCCAUACACUGGCAUUGUAAACUACAAACAGGUGGCACAGUCAUACAAAGAUGAUUUCUGUGAUGCAGGGGGCAGUGUUUUAACUGACUUUGAAGUAACUGAUAUAAAAAUGGUAAAUGAAAGUCCUGCUGGGUCUGUACAAGGAAUAGAGUAUCCAGUCGCAAUCAAAAAUAAUAAGGGUGAAGAAGUACACUGUAAAUAUGUGCUGACGUGUGCAGGACUCUUCUCAGAUCGGGUCUCUCAGGUCAGCGGUUGUAGUGCAGAACCGCGUAUCGUGCCCUUCCGUGGAGACUACUUGGUGCUGAAACCAGAAAAAUGUUAUCUUGUUAAAGGCAAUAUUUAUCCAGUCCCCAACCCAAGAUUUCCCUUUUUGGGGGUCCAUUUUACUCCCCGAAUGGAUGGAAGUGUUUGGCUUGGCCCCAAUGCUAUUUUGGCCUUCAAACGUGAGGGUUAUAGGCUAUGUGACUUUAAUGCCAGGGACUUUAAGGAGGCAGUUACAUACAGUGGCCUUCAUAAGCUUGUGCUGAAGAAUUUAUCCUAUGGCAUGGGGGAAAUGUAUAGAGCAUUUUUUCUCAAUGCUCAGCUCAAGGAACUUCAGAAAUUUAUACCAGAAUUGUCCUUCAAUGAUAUUGCCAGGGGCCCAUCGGGUGUUAGAGCACAGGCUCUUGACAGAGAUGGAAAUUUAGUUGAUGACUUUGUUUUUGAUGGUGGUUCCGGUGAUCUAGCAAAUUGCAUUCUACAUGUGAGAAAUGCGCCUUCACCAGCCGCCACAUCCUCUCUAGCUAUAUCAGAGAUGAUAGCAUCCGAAGUGGAGGAACGUUUUGGACUGUGAUAAACCUGCAUAAAAUUAGCAAGCUGAAGGCUACAUGGAGACAAUAAACCAUUCAAUGUGUCUCACUAGCAAAAGAAGUGAAUUUGGUUUGCCCAACAUACUGGAUUAUAUUUAGUUAUGCAGUCUACAAACAUAAAACCAUUGGAUUAAUAGAUUAACAAUAUGAAGACAUUUGGAUGCAACAAAACAGUUUUUUCAUACCAAAUGUAACCCUGAUUGGCCUUCAAAGAAUAUCUAAAAGAGCAUAUAAACACUGAUACCUAAUUUGUCUAUUUGGCCUCCAGACCAUUCUCUACACACUGAUCAGGGCUUCCAUUAGUGGGGGCAGCUACACAGUUUGGGAACUUCUAAUUUAAGCUAUUAUAUUUUACUUCUUCACUUUCAGGAAUUAUGAUGAGUAGAAUUCAGUAUUUGCACUGAUUUAUCCUUUUGUUUUUUCUUUUGGAAGCUCAAAAAUAAGGACGGUAAAGACAGAUCCGUGCACAGUAUAUUGUAAUGCAGGGCUGUCCAGCUCUAGGCCCUUAGGCCAUAUAAAGGCCUUUAAGCUAUUUUAUGGCCCCAGCCUUCCCAAGGACUCUGCUAAUUUAUGACUUUAUAUCACAUCAUUUUAUUCUAAUUCAGUUUACAGACUUAUGGUACAGACUAGAGCAGGGAUCCCCAACAUUUUUUACUUGUGAGCCACAUUCAAAUGUAAAAAGAGUUGGGGAGCAAUACAAGCAUGCAAAAUGUUCAUGAGGGUGCCAAAUAAGGGUUGUGAUUGGCUAUUUGGUAGCUCCUAUGUGGACUGGCAGCCUACAGGAGGCUCUGUUUGGCAGUACACCUGGUUUAUAUGCAACCAAAACUUGCCUCCAAGCCAAGAAUUCAUAAAUAAGCACCUGUUUAAGGCCACUGGGAGCAACAUCCAAGGGGUUGGGGAGCAACAUGUCGCUCACAAACCACUGGUUGGGGAUCACUGGACUAGAGGAUAAUCUUCACACUACCUGGAAAAAGUUAGUUAAACACAGUAGAUAAUUCUCCAACACUGAAUUUUAACAAAAGCGUUUUAGGAAAACUAUGGGCUGUUAAUGUUUUAAGGAAAAAAAAGCUAUAAUUUUAUUUUUUAUAGUGCAAUAUAACAUAAUUUGAUUUCCAUUUGCAGCACUUCCACAGAGCCAAUAAAAUGGCACAUAAUGAGCUCUUCAUGCUCUAAUGCUUAUGUCAGAAAUGGGAUGUCUAUCAGUUAGAUGGAGAGUCUUAUUAAUAAAUGAACAAGGCAGCAAUACAUGUAUUGAGUAAAACCAUAUAUUUUUUUGUACCUGGCUUUGUAUAUUUUAUUAAAUUUGGUAAAAAAAAUGAAUACACAGAUGAGCACAGGUGUAUAUAUUUUCAUUUAAAGGGAUACAUUGCUAUAUAUACUUUUAUUGGGGUGUAGACAAAGAGCUAUUAGUAGCAGCUACUUCUUGCGGCUACUAAACACCAGAAAAUACCCUGCCAUAGAGAAUACUGAGAAUAGCUUCUGCAAAAUUACCUCACACAAAGAGACGUUUACCAGUAACCAAUUAGCAUUGUCUGUUUUAGUAGCCCUGACAAGUAGCUGCUACUAAUAGCUCUAUGUGUCUUCACCCUAAAUUAUUGUACAAGAAAAAAAGUGAAACCUAAUGCUUUCUUACAGUCAUAUAAAAGCAGAGUUUUUGGUC